AUGGAGAUUGACAACUCCUCAGCGAAGCAUUCCCACCAGCCGUUCGGCAAACUGCCCGAACAGCCAUACCCGUUCUUCACACAGCAAGUGUCGCAAUACUUGCCUUUAUAUCCGCUUGGCAUGAUCGACCCGCUCGAUGGCUACGCCGAUCAACAUCUCAAGCCUUUGUUGAAUCACUACGUGCCAGCAUUCGAGGGCGUACUUCUGGGCUACCAUAAUGUCCAGAUUGGCGAGGCACCGGGCAAGGGCUCAUUGACCGAAAAGAGCGAGAACUCGGACGAAGCUGUGCUCGAAUCAAUAGACGAAUAUGCCGUGAGCUUUGGCUGGUUGACAGCCAAGCUUGAUCUCUUCAAGCCGUCAAGGGGCGCGUGGAUGGAAGGGUCGGUCAACAUGCAGACCGAGGGACAUUUGGGUGUGGUGUGCUGGGGUAUGUUCAAUGCGUCCAUUGAGGCUGGACGACUUCCUAAUGGCUGGCGCUGGGUGAGCCUUCUCGGCAGUUCGAGGUCGAAAGGGAUUUCCGAGGAAGCCAAGUUGCCGACUCCUGAACCUGCCGAGGAUGACGGGCAAGAUGCUACGGCGCAAUUACACACCACUGGCUACUGGGUAGACGAUGAUAAUCAGCGGGUCAAGGGAUCAGUACGAUUUCAGAUCAAGAAUUUCGAGGUUGGCGUGAGUGGAGACUACGGCUAUCUCAGCAUCGAAGGAACCAUGCUUGACGCCAGGGCCGAGAAGCAGAGGUCGACCGAUGAGCUGGAGAAGUUGCGCAGAUGGAAACUCCGAAACGGUGCUUCGAGAAAGGAACAAAAGCGAUUGCCAGACUUUGCCAUGACCAAGUUUGGUAUGGAUGAGGAGGAGGAACUAGAGGACGAGUCGAAGCGAGCUGAAGUAUGGAAGGGAAGUAGACCUGCUAGCGAGACAGCCGAGUGA